GCUAUAAUUGGACAUCACAUCUCUCCCCAGCCCCUUACUCACCCAAGUCUUCCCCAGCUUCCCUAUACUUAGCGAGCUAGCCUGAGGUAUGGCUCGCGUUACUUUGGUCUCUUCGAUCCUGCUUCUGCUCUUCUGCAUCGCCGCUGCAGGAUCAGCGUUCGAUGACUCUAAUCCUAUCAGACUUGUGUCCGACCGUCUCCGCGACUUCGAAGCUUCCGUCGUCAAAGUCAUCGGCCACACUCGCCGCGCUCUUUCCUUCGCCCGUUUUGCUCACAGGCAUGGUAAGAGGUAUGAGACCGAGGAGGAGAUGAAGCUGAGGUUCGCGAUUUUCUCGGAGAAUUUGGAUUUGAUUAGAUCCACAAAUAAGAAAGGCUUACCAUACACUCUUGCUGUUAAUGUUUUUUCCGAUUGGACCUGGCAAGAAUUCCAAAAACACAGAUUAGGAGCUGCUCAGAACUGCUCUGCCACCACAAAAGGCAAUCACAAGCUCACUGACGCUGUCCUACCUGAGACGAAAGACUGGAGAAAAGAAGGCAUAGUCAGCCCGGUUAAGAAUCAAGGCAGUUGUGGUUCUUGCUGGACUUUCAGCACUACUGGAGCUCUUGAGGCAGCCUAUCAUCAGGCUUUUGGAAACGGAAUCUCUUUGUCGGAGCAGCAGCUUGUGGAUUGUGCUGGUGCUUUUAAUAACUUUGGCUGCCAUGGUGGAUUGCCAUCUCAAGCCUUUGAGUACAUCAAAUACAACGGUGGUCUUGAAUCUGAGGAAGCAUAUCCCUACACUGGAAAAGAUGGUAUAUGCAAAUUCUCAUCGGAAAAUGUUGGUGUCCAGGUGCUCGAUUCCGUCAACAUUACCCUUGGUGCUGAAGAUGAAUUGAAGCAUGCUGUUGCCUUUGUCCGUCCUGUGAGCGUGGCUUUUCAGGUUGUCAGUGGUUUCCGUUUUUACAAGAGUGGAGUUUAUACCAGUGAUGUUUGUGGCAGAACUUCCCAGGAUGUGAACCAUGCUGUUCUUGCAGUUGGGUACGGGGUCGAAGAUGAUAUUCCACAUUGGAUAAUUAAGAACUCUUGGGGUGAGAAUUGGGGCGAUAAUGGCUAUUUUAAGAUGGAAUUGGGGAAAAACAUGUGUGGUGUUGCAACGUGUGCAUCAUACCCCAUUGUAGCUUAAUACAACUGUGCAGAAAAAGGGAGCCAUUGGGUAAGUAAUGUGUGGUAUAAAUCGUGUUUGAGUAGGUCAUGAAGUGAAGAUAUGUGAGGUGAAAAGUCAUUGUGUGAAGAUAAUUGUGUUGGCUUUAUGUAAAAUAAGACCCUGGAUAAUGUAUGCCAGACAGAUAUAGUGUAAAUUCAGAAUUUCAAUAAUGUCAUGAAGACUUUAUAUCA